CACAUGCGACCUCGUGCAGGAUGCUGAGGACAAAUGAAUUGGAUAACGCGAUCUGCAGAAGCCCGUGCCUCCGCUACCCUCCGCCGCCACGCGCCCACCACCAUCCAGCUAUUCCCGGGAUUUAUGGGCUACCGCAGCACACCACUAUGAACCCAUUUGCAGCGCGCCGUCCUGGGAUCCCCUUGACCGCAAUCCCUCUCAACUUUCAACAGCCGCACGCUACUACCGUACGCUUAUGUAUGUAAUAGUCCAGUACUUAUGCUGAAGUUCAGGAACGCGGCAACCCCCGAGUUUUCACUUCCAAUUCGCGCUCCGAACGUCUGGCCACGAGACUAGCAGGAAAGGUCAGCAGACCUGGCUGAGGAUGUCGCGACUUGGACGCGACCACGUCCUCUCUCUGCUGCGCCCCUCCGUCUCUCUCUCUACCGUCCAUCAAGAUGACUUCCAUCGACAUCUACACCGUUCCUCGCGACCAAGUCGACGUCGAGGCCCUCUCCAGACAAUUCGUCAAAUACCUCCAGAUCAACGCAAUCGACGUCCAGGAACUCUCUGAACAUCCCGGACGCCGUGACGCCAUCAUCGCAGAGCUCUACGCCCGCCCGGAAACCAAGCCCACCUUCUGGCCCAAGGAUACCGUCGGUGUGGAUCUUCCCCCGGAGAAGUACGACGAGUACCUCGCGCAGGUGGACGCUGCGAUCGAGCAGCUCACGCCCCCGAACUCGCUCGAGGAUCGAGUCCUGCGAAGUCACCUAGCAAGUGCGGCGGUCAUGGUCGUCUACCAGUACAAGUGGGCGUAUCCACUCAGGGCCCACCCCGACCUUCGGAACCAGGUCUUCAAGCGAUACAAUGCCAUCUUUAAUGACUGGAUCAAGAAUGAGUUCCGUGUUCUCUAUCCCAAGAAAACCAACGGGAUGGUACACAACCCGGCAACAAUCACCCCGCCGACCGCUCUAAACCCGCUCAGCCCCCCGCCGAUUGGCAAACCGAAGGCGGUCACUGAUAGCGAGGUUGGGGAGUAUCUGAAGAACCCCCAGACGCUGCUGGGCAAGCAGUUCUUGCAUGCGCCUCCUGUCGGAGUGGAGCAGGACUACAGGGGCGUGUGGGAGGCGGACUCGUACAGCGUGCGGAUGCUGGACGGGCGCAUCGACUACGAGUUCCUCGUCCGUCUCGAGGCAUUCGGUGUGGAUCUUCUGCCGAUGGGUAUGGACGACAUGGAGUUCCUAUUGAAGCAUUCGACGUUGGUGGUGUGAC